AUGCCCCCCACCACAGAGGAAGUGCCAGCGCUGCACUCGGACGAGGUGCAGGCAAUUCUAACGAAUCCGCCCCCGCUCGCCUGCCACUUCUCCGAGCCCGCCAAGAUCGUCCCCAUGGCCCGCUUCAUGGUGACGGCGACCGAGCAGUGGGUCGAGUGCUACGUCCGCUUCCUUCAGGUGUGCAAGCGCAUCGCCCAGAAUCCGACAGCAAGACGCUUUGUUCUCCGCGCCGAGGUCGGCCUCCUGCCCGUACACUGGGACUGUACCCGGAUCAUGAUUUACGGGUGCGCGGCAAACAUGCCGCAGGACCGGUCGCGGCUUGGGGCCGCCGAGACAAAGGCGGGCGGAGAGGAGAAGAAGCGUGCCGGCCUCGCCGAGUUUGACGGGUACAUGCGCCGCCUGGAGCGGGCUCAGGACAAGGCAAAGAGGGUUGAACGGGACAUCGAAGAGGCGUAUGCAGAGUACAGCCAGAAUCCCAUCCCAGAGGCCGAGGACCCGACAGCUGGCGUCAGCCGAGAUGCCCUGGCCACUGUCGGCGCCGCGACGAUGCAGUUUGAGAUGGACGAGAAGACGUGUCGCCAGGUGUUCCUCCGCCUCGCGGCUGCAGGAUGCCAAUGCGAGCAUUGCGGUAUCGCCGUCGACCAGUCGGCGACGCAAGCCGCUCAGGCCAGCCUGUCCAGAUAA